UUCCAGUCGGACCUUCACAACGAACGCGACCUCCCAGAUAUCAACAUUCGAGUGAUGCUAUUCUUUUCCGAGUCUCGGUGAUUGGGUCAUUUUUGUUCCUUCGUCGCUUGUCUGAGAGGGUUUAAGAUUAUUAGACAUCUCGUUAUCCGACACGCAAAGUCCAGCAGCAGCUGUUAGCCAAGUGCUAACAACUUUGACAGCAGCGCCUUCACUUCCGUGUGUUCACUUGCACGUGUCCGCCAUCUCAUCUAAUUUGCUCUGCUGGGAGCUCACGGGGCUUUUUAGGAGACAGCGAAAGCCUUUGUGAGCACAUUAUGGAGCUGCAGGCGGUGUUGAUGGCGGCCGGUGGGGGCUCUCGGAUGACUGAGCUGACCUACAACAGCCCCAAAGCGAUGCUACCGGUUGGCAACAAGCCCCUCAUGUGGUACCCUCUCAACCUGUUGGAGAGGGUGGGCUUUGAAGAGGUGAUCGUAAUCACCACCAAGGAGGUCCAGAAGAUGAUGAGCACAGACACAAAACUGAAGAUGGAGGUAAAAAUGAAACUGGACGUUGUUUGCAUCCAGGAAGAUGGUGACAUGGGCACUGCCGACGCUCUCCGACACAUCCAGCAGAAGAUCAAGACUGACAUCCUGGUGUUGAGCUGUGACCUGAUAACAGACGUGGCUCUUCACGAGGUUGUCGAUCUGUUCCGGGCCCAUGAUGCAACACUGUCCAUGCUAAUGAGCAAAGCCCAUGAAUUCACCGAGACCGUCCCAGGCCAGAAGGGCAAGAAGAAAACAGCUGAGCAGCGAGAUUUCGUGGGUGUGGACCAAUCGGGGAAAAGACUGUUGUUCAUGGCCAAUGAGGUGGAUCUGGAGGACGGGCUAACAAUCAGGAAGUCCAUCUUGAAAAAACAUCCAAGGAUGCUCAUUAAAACAGGCCUAGUGGACGCUCACCUUUACUGCAUGAAAAAAGCUGUGGUGGACUUUCUUACCGACAACAAGGCUAUUUCAUCAAUCCGUGGUGAGCUCGUACCAUAUCUGGUGCGCAAGCAGUUUUCCAAAACGAGGAGCAAUCCAAAAUCCAAAGAUGACACUGAAGAGCAGAGCCAAAAGAAGAGCGACAGUGAGCUGCUCAUCUCAUCACGCGACGAUCCUCUCCUCCAGCUGUCUCAGGAGCGCUCUUGCUGGAACGACCAUGGCGGCGACAUGAGCGAGGCUUACCACGGGGGCAAACUUCGCUGCUACGUUCACAUCAUGGACCAAGGACUUUGCUACCGCGUCAAUACGCUUGCUGCAUACAUCGAGGCAAACCGCCUGGCUCCAAAACUUUUGUUUGAAGAGCCAGCAGUCCACGCUUCUGCUGUCAUUUCGGAGAGAUGUCAGAUGGGAUCCGACAGCAUGAUCGGGGCGCUGUGUCAGAUAGCGGAUAAGACUUCCAUAAAGAGGUCCACUAUUGGAAGCUCUACCACUAUUAAAGAGAAGGUGAAAGUGACCAACUCCAUCAUCAUGCAUGGGGUUACCAUCGAGGAGGGGUGCAACAUCCAGGGCAGCGUGAUCUGCAGCAAUGCUGUCAUUAGCCGAGGAUCGGACCUCAAAUACUGUCUGGUGGGAAGCGGACAGCAGAUUGAAGCCGAGGCCGAGAGGACCAACGAGGUCAUUGUUGGCACAGACCAGCUGAUGGAGAUCUAGAAGAUGCAAAAUGUUGCUCCUGUCCUCUUCAAUUGUGUCGCAAUAAACCACAAUUCUACUGUA